UACAUGAUGAGCCACGCAGCGGCCACCGGCAACCUGCCCUACCCCUUCCCCUCCCACCUGCCCCUGCCCUACUACUCCCACAUGGGCAUCGGAGCCUCCUCGGCCUCUGCGGCCACUCCCUUCAGUACCCCCCUAAGGCCGCUGGACACCUUCAGGGUCCUCUCCCACCCCUACCCGAGACCAGAACUGCUGUGCGCCUUCAGGCAUCCCUCUCUCUACCCUGUCCCGACUCAUGGACUCAGCAGCGGUGGGGGCAACCCCUGCUCCUGCCUGGCUUGCCACAGCGGCCAGUCCAACGGGCUGGCGCAGAGACCCUCCGGAUCAGACUUUACCUGUUCUGCCACAACCAGGACUGACUCUUUCCUCACUUUCACGCCCUCUGUGCUUAGCAAAGCCACCUCAGUUUCCAUGGACCAGCGAGAAGAAGUACCUUUAACGAGAUAA